CCUCCCAAGACUGCUGCUAUCGGAUCUGUGAUGAUAUGUGAUCUCCUGGAUACAAUCACACACACACACAAGUACCAGGCACUACUGCUCAGCUGAGCAAAAUGUCUUUCUCUUAGAAGUGGUGCUCAUCACAGCUUUCAAAUCCUUGACGAUGUUGCCAUGCUUUCCGUUCUGCCUUCUGCCUUUUUCUGUCUUUGCCUGCCUGCUUUUCUUACCCGUGGGUCAUUUUUGCCCUGCUGUCUGUAGCUGUAUGGACUACCACACCAUAGAUUGCCGGGAUCAAGGACUCCCAAGUGUUCCUAAUCCAUUUCCAUUGGAUGUACGGAAACUUCUUAUAGCUGAUAACAACAUUCAGGCGAUACCAGCUGAUUUCUUUAUAUUUUAUGGAGAUCUAAUCUAUUUGGACUUCAGGAAUAAUUCCCUCACUUCUUUAGAAGAGGGCACUUUUAGCAGUUCUACCAAACUGGUGUAUUUAGACUUAAGCUACAAUAAUUUAACGCAGCUUGAUGCUGGGAUAUUCAGAUCAGCAGAAAAACUGAUAAAAUUGAGCCUUGGAAACAAUAACCUGGUGGAUGUGGAUGAGGCUGCUUUUGAGAACCUGGAACAGCUCCAAGUGUUAGAAUUGAAUGACAAUAACUUACAAAGCCUAAAUGUGGCAGCCCUAGAAGCGCUUCCCUCCCUGCGGACUAUACGCUUAGAGGGCAACCCUUGGGUCUGUGACUGUGACUUUGCCAAUCUUUUCAGCUGGAUACAGGACAAUGCAUCUAAGCUUCAGAAAGGUCUCCAUGAAAUCCAGUGUUCCCUGCCUGUAGAAAAUAGAAGAAUCUUUCUGAAUGAAUUAUCUGAGGUUCAUCCUACCGUGGUGCCUCAAACUGAAGAUCUAGAUUUGUUUAUAGUUUGUAGCUUUUUGUUCAACCCACCAUAAAGCACUGGUUGUAUUUGGAACUUAGCACCCCUCAGAACAGCAAGGAACAGACCAAGCUGACACCCAUAUAAUCCAGUGCAAGCUGAAGAGCAAGGUUUAGUAAAGCUUUAUUUAUGAAGCUGCCAUUCUGGAUACUCCAUCACAUCAAAGUGGUUUUGCAAUGUAUGUUUUCUUCCAGAUAAGAAACUUUAAUCAUAUUUUCCCCUAUUAAGUAAUGUAUAUUUCAUAAGUAUUGAACUCAUCCAGUCAGUAAUAUUUAGUCAUUGUAAGCAUCAGCAGUUACCUACUAUUAAUAUUGAUUUUGCAUUAUUCUAAUUGCUAGUAAACGAGACAGAACAUGGAUUAGUUCUUACUGAGAUUUUUCUUAUUUUAUAUACCCUUCAGAGGAAAACAUUCUCCUGUUGGAAUCUUGCCAGAACUAGUGAUCACCACAAUGAUCCCCUGCAAAACUUUGAAAGCAAACUUCGUCAUGAAUAGGAAGCGGCCUGAAGGCUGCAUUUAUUAUUGCAGUUUUACCCCCACAAAGGUAAUAACAUGCAGGUAAUCCCAGUUCCAGCUUUGUGGACAUGGGAAAUGUUCCUCUGCAGGGAUGCUGCUGUGGGUGGGAUCCAGUGAGCAUGCACUCCCUUCUCAGACUGCAGUAACCCCCGUUAAGAUUAGUGAAAUUACAGUGGUGCCAAGUGUAAAAGCUGAAUUUAGCUCCCUGUGCAAUACAUCGCUAGCUCAAGAAGCGCUGCCUGUAGGCGAUUAUAAAUGUGCAGUAGAAAGUUUGUCUUAAUUUACGAUUUUCCUUCUAAAAUGACUUUAUUUUCGUGGUGGUAUCUUUCACUGUCAGAAGUGAGCAGACAUUUUACCUGCUUCAAGGGGAAGGAAAGAUCCUAUGUGUGACCCAAAUAAAAUGUUGCAGGCUGAAAGAGCCGGGAUGCAGCUGUCACAUUGCCUGCAGCUAUGUCUCCUUGAUGAAAUGCUGGAUCUUGGUAUGUGCGAGGAUCCAAAAAACGUGCAAAGAAGGAAAUCUGCAUGAUGUAAUUGAGAUAGAGUCUGACUUUUUAAAAGUGUGAGCAUUGGUUUAAAACAUCUCUGAUCCACAGAAUAUUAAAAUAGAGAUCACCUGAAGCAACUGUCCAAACCUAGCAUUUCACGCUCAGCCAGCCAGCAUCUUUCUGAGGCAGCUUCAGUCCUGCUGUGAUUCUUACUUAGAUGUGAAUAUUAAUGGAUUGUUUUCUAGAGCAGCAUAAAAUGCAUUGGGAAAGUACCUGGAAGGGAUGGUUCUGGAAGCUCCUAAAGGGGCACGCACUGCUUGUCUACCUCAGAUACAUAGUAGGGAGUGACCCAUUGUACACUGACAGCUAAAAUUUAGUCUGGCACACUUAGAGAGGACCAAAAACGGUCUCAUCUUUCGGCUGUGGGAAGAACUGUGUGCAGUCACCUCUUUAUCUGGAUAGGAUGUACACACUUGUGCGGUAGGGAGAAGGGGUGUGUGUAACAAUACUAGAGCUUGCUGUAACUAUCACCCCUGUAGACAGCCUCAGUUGGGACAGCUGAAGCCUGGUGGGGGUGCUGAGCCUGAGACAGUCCAUCCUUAGCAGAGUUCCUCUGUGCUGGCUUUCAGACCUAUGGGAGCAACUCUACAGAGGACCUUGUACGGAUUCCACGUGUGCUGCCUACCUGCUACGUGAGUAAAUGACUUCAGUUUCCAGAGUUGCUAGCUGGCACAUUUCUAAGUUCAGCUCAUGGCCCCCAAAAUAAAGGGGGUUUGAUAGUGUCCAAAUCUGACCGUACCUCCUAGAGAAUGAUCUUCUCACUUGUGGUGUAACUUGUUUUAUUGACCACUAGUGGCAACUGAGACGCUUUACUGUGGAGGUAAGUCAUUGUGAUUCAUUGUGGUGAAGGAGAUGUCAAAAUGCUGAAUCUUUUCAUACUCUUUCCAAAAAUAAACCAAAAUAUACAUUAGGAAAUUAAAUUUCUUGGAAAGUAAGAUCUGCCAUGGACUCGGAGUGCCAAGCAGCCUGUAAUAUGCACGAACCACCAGAAACUUUGUGUCCUGUCUGUUAACGUUGGAGCAAUACAACCUUGUUGUAGAAUUGUAGAAAAUAGCUAUGGAAGAACCUCAAAUACAUCAUCUAAUGAUAGCUGAAGCUUCAUAAUGAAAAUACUUUUGUUUUCUAAUCAAAUUCCUACUCUCAUCUUGCCAUCAUCUUCCCCUUUGUGUCUUGGUUUCUGUAUCUUACUAUCUUGACUGUAUCUAGAACAGAAUCUCAGUUCGGUGUUAUCUCUGAAUGGCACAGCAAUACAAGCCACCAGCAGCAGCAACCUACCAGCAGACUAGGAAAAACGGUGCUUUGUUUAUGCUGACCAACCAUCCAUCUGUGACUGUAAAAAGUUAGCAGGAAAAAACUAUGGAAUUUUAAGCUGACAGAGAGAGCAACAGGAGACCUUCUGUUGCAAAGCAGAAUGCCUGAAUUAUGUGUCUCUCCAGUUCCCAUCAGCUCUCCCACCCCACCCAGAGCUCCACGAAGCCAUGAGAAAUUGUGUAACAUUGGGUUAGCAGCACAUAAUGUGCUUUUUUGGGGGCUGUCAAAAAACAUACGAGUAAACACUUCAGAGCAGGCUUCUGUUAGUUUUGUGGGAAGUGAAAAGUUUGCAGGGAGGUGAGCAGCAAAUAAGAAGUGAAGCAGCUUGGGCCAGAGUUGUUCAGUGGAGUCAAAUUUGCUUCAAAGAAGCAUUGUUUGGAUCUCAGAGCCGCUUUUUCACCAAUUUCUGUUAGCAGUUGUGAGGUCUAAAGGUUAGCCAGUUCACAGCCAGGUAUGAAGUAGUAUAGUCUAUUUCAAGCAGAAAUUGAUGUCAGUUGAAUUUCUAAGGUUUACUGCUCCCAGCCAAAGCACAAUUUGCCUAUUUAAAAGCUUUAAUUCGAAUCUGAAAUGUGUUAUGUCACUAAGUAGGCUGUACAAAAAUCUUAUAUCAACUCAGAACUGAGAAAAUAAAAAACGUCCAUCCAGAUAGUGGUGCUAGCAAGAUAUGCUUCAGUUGUUUUGGUAUGUGAGGUCAUUCUUCCAAGCUUGCAUAUAAGCAACUGGAUUUUGACUCUUCCAUGCUCCUCACCAAUAGCUAAGCAAAGAGCAGGAUACGGGCAUUGUACACCACCUUGGAAACUCCCCUUAGCUGGAAGAAGAAGCAAAAAAGAAUUGAGGAUUGAGUGGGACAUCCAGCUUUGUGACCUUCGCUUAAAAUCUAAAUGUGAUACAGUCCAGCUAACUUGACAUUCCAAGGCGUAGCUUGCUGCUGUUGUGUGGGGGGUUUGCUCUUUAAUUAGGGCAAGUGUUGAAAGACUUUGCAGUAGAAAUAAUGUUUGGUCUUCAUGGUAUUUAACAGGGAAUGAAAUGACUGUGAAGAUACUUGACAAACAGUUCUAGCCUAUUUUUGUCCACCAGUUUUUCUCAAAUUGAGAAACUGUCACUCUCUUAAGAGUGGAUUAGGUUUGCAAUCUGCAGUUGGUUAAAGCAUUACUCUUUAUCCUUUGAAGAUCUGGCUUCAGAUGUGAAUUUGGGUCACAGGAGGAAAUGACCAGAAUAAAUCCCUUAAGGUCAUUCUGGUCAAUUGGGCAAAUGCACAGAGAUGCUCUUACUAACAAUGCGAACUGUAUGCUUGAAGAUGGGAAAACACUUCUUUGAACUGAGUGAUAUGUAAAUAUAUUCUAGAAAUACUUUCUCGUAGAGUAACUUGAUGUUGAAAAUUCACAAAAUCCAAUUAUUUGUUUCCAAGAGUGAUAUAAUAUUGUGAGUGCAAAGUUAGAUCUAUUGUCCACAUCUUAAAAAAAAUAUGAAAGAAUUGGAAGAAAAAACUGGUUUAGAGAUUAUUCAGUUUGGAAUGGCUUUUUUUUUUACAACUAAAUUAAAAUAAACCCUGCGAUGCAGGAUUUUAAAUGAAAGCAGAAAGUGUUCUAACCAUAAACUCAUGAACAUGAUACUGUAUGGCAGGAAAAUGACUACAGAUUUAACAUAGUCUAAUUUAUAUCCUUCCUUGAGGGAACAAAAGUCAUUAGGCUGAGAAUUUUGUAUUGUUUUCAGAGGAAAGAUUUAAUGCAGGCUAAUUUCUUCAAUAUUGGUGUAUAGGUUGCAGAUUAUCCAUCAUUGAGUAGUGUGAGCUUUGUGAGACUGUGAGUGCUUCAAAGGGAGUAAUUGCAUUCUGGUUAACCUGGAGUAUGUUUUGACAAAAACAAUUGUAGUUGUCUGUUGGCUUCGAUUCUGAUUUCACUACUAAAUUAUUUGGGAUCUGGUCUUAUCUGGCAAAGAUUGGGAGGACUCCAUUAACUUUACUACUCCGAUACGCUGGUUUACCUAAUGAAGAUACUGCCUGGAUAAUAGAAAGUCUGCAGUCAUUCAUCUGUUUGUGUUAUGUUUUCAUACAGAAAGGAAGAAAAUCACUCUGCGUGGGCCUUUUGUAGUGGUGAUCUGCAUGUAUGUUGGUAACCUGAGUUUGUGAUUUCUGCAUUGGAGGGUGAAUGCUAAUUUUAUUUAGGAUUAUAGGUGGCAUUAUUCGGAGGCUGCAGACAUCCUGUGCAGAGAGGCCGUACAACUUUUCCAGAUUCUUUCUGGAUUCAGUGGUAUUGCUCUCUGCUCUGUGAAAGGAGGAUCUGACCCUGCUUACCAAAACCUGACUGCAGUCUUGUGUAUCUCAGGCAGCAACAAGGAGGUUGUCAUUCUAAGCACACUCCCUCAAUCUAAUAACCACUGUACAUCUAUGUCCUAGUUUGAUGAUGGAUUUAUAGUGAAUGUCUUUAACCUCAGUGUAGCCAUCUGCUCUGUGAAGCAAGCUGGCACUCCAAAGCCAUUUUUUGCUUCAGAGUGUCUCCUUGUAGUCUUACAGAGCAAAUAGUGAGUCAUCUCCUCCCACCAGCGUACAGCAGGAUUGUAACCCAGCUCAGUGUGAAUGCCCAGUAGGAAAGACAGGUUGCAGAGAGUUCCCCAGCCAAAUACAGUAAUAACCUUUGUGCUGAGGAAAAUGAAGGCUUGUCAGAGUAAGCAGUGUAGACGUACAUAUGUCCUCAGCAGGGGCUGUAAAGGGGGCUGGAGUCAUGAUUACGUUAGCCAGACAUGUUGAGGGGUCAUUUGUAGAAUCUCCUUGUUGGUACGGUUAUGUAAAGACAGGCAGGCAUUUUUGGGUGAGCCUUCUUAAAAUGCAGAGGGCAGAGAAAUCAGAUGUUUCCUAUUUUGUUGCAUCUGUUUUACUGAAGACGUCAGAGCUAUGUAUUACUGGACAUGGGCACCAAACUUUAGCAUUAUUUCUUCUCAGCUGAACCAUGGAGCAAUGACACACUAAUCUCUUGAGGGAUGUGUUAGGUAUGGGAAUGUUUAACUCCUGUGGUGUAUAAAGAGAGGGAUUUUCUUGUGCAUAGGAUUGAUGAGCUGAGUAAAACACAAAUCUGAGAUAAUAGCUUUGUCUCUGCCGUGGUGGUAUGAUUUAUUUCUCCAAAUGUUAUAUGAAAUUAUAGGAAUUUUAGACUGAUUGAUUGGUUUUCUUUUGGUUUAAGAUUGUCUUUGAUAUAAUAGAGAUAUGUGGAAAAGAUUUUAAGAUACUGCUACCUCAUUUUCAUCCUUGCAGCA